UGACCGAACAUUUUCGAAGUCUGCAGAGAUGUCCGUUCAAGGGAAAUUAUCCAAGUGAUUUCUGCCACCAGAGCCGCUGCCUUUUUGCCCCUGGGUUCCACUUUAGUCCGGGCUGACCGUCUCCUCCUCCGCACCUUAACCCGCUCCUCCGCCUGCAGCCCGCAGCCAUGCCUCCCGGUGUUGUGACCGCUCCACGGAGCUCGUCAGCCGGAUGCUUUUGCGCCUGCUGCGGCGGGACGAUGCGACCGUAUUUCACCGAAAACUCAGUGAUCUCUCAAGGGGAGAUUUAUCAGCUUAUCAGUGAAAGUUUCCUGACAGUCAAAGGAGCUGCACUCUUCUUACCUCGAGGAAAUGGCUCCUCUCCAUCUCCAGGCUCCCGGUUCUCACAGCUCCGCAGCAAGCAUGCAGGAGACAUCCAACAACAUCUCCAGACCAUGUUCACUCUCCUCAGACCUGAGGACAACAUCAAACUGGCUGUUCGCCUGGAGAGCGCUCACCCUCAGGUCACCCGCUACAUGGUGGUGGUCUCAACCAAUGGCCGUCAGGACACAGAGGAGAGCGUGGUGCUGGGUAUGGAUUUCAGUCCAGUAGACAGUUCUUGUUCUGUAGGAAUGGUUUUGCCUUUAUGGAGUGACACGCUGAUUCAUCUGGAUGGAGAUGGGGGUUUCAGUGUGUCAACUGAUAACAAAAUCCAUGUAUUUAAGCCUGUCUCUGUGCAGGCGAUGUGGUCAGCCCUUCAGUCACUCCACAAAGCAUGCGAGGUAGCUCGAUGUCACAACUACUUCCCAGGCAGUUUGUUCCUCACCUGGGUCAGUUACUAUCAAAGCAGGGUCUCCUCAGACCAAGCACGCAUCAAUGAGUGGAAUGCCAUGCAGGACGUGCAGUCACACCGGGCUGAUUCACCUGUCCUCUUCUCUGAUGUACCUACUGAAAGGGAACUGACAGAGCGGCAGAUCAAGACCAGUUUAAGGGAGAUCAUGAUGCAGAAAGAUCUGGAAAAUGUCACCUGCAAAGAGAUCCGAACAGAGCUGGAAAUGCACAUGACAUGCAACCUGCGAGAGUUCAAGGAGUUCAUUGACAAUGAGAUGAUUGUAAUUCUGGGGCAGAUGGACAGUCCUACAGAGAUCUUUGACCAUGUUUUCUUGGGAUCAGAGUGGAAUGCAUCCAAUUUGGAAGAGUUGCAGAAGAGCGGGGUUCAGUACAUCCUAAACGUAACAAGGGAGAUCGACAACUUUUUUCCCGGACUGUUUGAAUACCACAAUAUUCGUGUUUAUGAUGAGGAAGCUACUGACCUUCUUGCCUAUUGGAAUGACACCUACAAGUUUAUAUCUCGAGCCAAGAAAGCUGGGUCCAAGUGUCUGGUGCACUGUAAAAUGGGUAUAAGUCGAUCUGCAGCCACAGUGAUUGCGUAUGCCAUGAAGGAGUACGGCUGGGACUUGAACAAAGCUUUUGAUUAUGUCAAAGAGCGUCGUGCCGUGACCAAGCCCAACCCCUCUUUCAUGAGACAGCUGGAGGAGUAUCAGGGCAUCCUCUUGGCCAGCAAACAGAGGCACAACAAACUGUGGAGAUCUCAUUCUGAUAGUGACCUCUCAGAGCACCACGAGCCCCUGUCUAAAUCCUAUGCCCAGCCUCAUAGCCUGGGCCGCUCAGACCCUCAUAAUCAGGCCAGCAGCAUGCCUGGCCCCUCUGUUAAGGAACUGCUGGAAUCACUGGGAACUCCAUCCAACACUGGCAAAGCAACACACUCCACUAGUGAGCCUGAUACUGACGUCAAGUCCAAUCAGCUCAUCUCUGCCUCCAGUGAGAGGGUGACGGCUCUAUCAGGUGGGGCUGAUGCUCAAAUCCCUGAGCCUCUUUCUCAUUCUGCUGCUCCACUGAGCCAGCUGAACGCCCCCCAUCCCACCUCCACAGCUGGAUCUGUGUCUCCAUUAUGUCCUCCACUCUCCAACGGUGUAUGUGACACUGAGGAGCGGCCCUCAUCCCCUCCUCUCUCCCAGCCGCGGGCCGCCACUGUGGUGCCUGAGCCUCAAAAAACAGACAUUUCCAUGUUAACUGUAGCAGAAAGUGUUCUGUUGGGCCAACCUCACCCACCUCCAUCCCUCCACCACCUGCCUCCAUCACCGACUCCGUCCCCAGCUCCAGUCUGUGCGGACGAGGUCAUCAAAUCACAGGUGUUGUCCUGUCCUUUGCCUGUAAUAAAAUCAAUGCCAGUGUCAGUGCCUGAGCCCAUGACAACACAAAUACCAAGCACACAACAGGCUGGACCCCAGUGUCUGUCUGCACCAGUGCCUGUAAAAAAAACAGACUGUGACCAACAGUUGUGUGACUUGUCUUUGGACAGCUUCGCAGCCCACACUCCCUCCACUAGUGAUUUUAUCAGCUACCCUAGUGCCAUUCCACAAGACAAUGAGGUGUUGUUUGCCCACAGUGCUGAUCACAUUAACUUUUUCAGUGCCAGGGAAAAGUUUAAGGGUAUGACUCAAGAUGGGAAGACUCAUUGUGCUGCAGUGCAGCAAUCAACUCAGCUCAAGAGCUGUGGCAAAGAACAACAAUCGCUGCCUGAGGAGGUUUUGUAUAAUGAAGGAAGGGAGGAAGAUAAAAGAAAGGAUAUUGCUGUCCCUGUGCAGGCCACAGGACUGAAGCCUGCUAUGCUCACCGAGUGCUCACCCCUUGGCCUUCCAAGCCAACUAGGGCCUCAAGGUCCCCAGGACCAGGAUGUGAGGAGGUCAAAGCAGGAAAUGGAGGAUCAAGAUGUUUUAUUACAGGAGGAAGCUGAGAAUGUAAAAGAGGAAGUUAAAAACAAAGAGGAGGAAGACACAACCCCCCCUCAACUCUACAGCGACUGGACAAGAGGCUCAGUGCGACGGGUCACACGGCAGCUUGAACAACGAAUGAAACAGGACCACGACUCUUCAUCCCCCUCUUCAUCCCCACCUUCUCUCUCUGGAAGCUCAUCUUUGACUCAACGACGCCUAGCCAAUGUCCCCCCUGCAGGAGUGUCGAGUGGGCAGGAUAUUUCCAUUUGCCCUCAGGUGUCUGUAGUUGGGACUGUGCAGGAAGAGCAAGAGGAGGAGGAUGGGAAAUUUGGUCCCGUGCAAAAGGAAAGUGAGAGCGUAGUUGAGAUGCAGGUGCUGGGACAGGACAACCGAAGCACAAAAGGACCCAGACAGCAGCUUGUUGAUCCCAGAUCUCUGUCUACCUCUUCAUCUGGUCACCACACUGGCCACUCUCCCUUUGCCUCUGUGAACUUUCUGUGUUUGGAGGGUGUGACCCAAUUUGAGUCGACCACAGACUGGGACUGCUACACAGUGGGACCCCACAGUGACAUCAUUAUGAGGGAGACUUGGGAGACUUUGUGUGAGCUGGGUGCCUUCCUGCAGCAGGUAAGCGUGGGCGGAGCUGGCAAGGCGAGACGAAUGGACCAGAUUUUCGGCCUCGACACCAGCACCACUCAGAAGCCAGGCAGCAGCAUCCAGAGACGGGUUAGAGAGGUGGAAGCUAGGAUCCGUCAAGCAGGGCUGACCCCUCCAUCCCUCAUGAAGCGCUCUGCUUCUCUGGCCAAGCUGGGAUGUCUGGAGCUGUUGGCGAAUGACCUGAGUGAAUGGGAGUUCAGUCGCUCCUCCGUAGCCCCUUCCUCUGCUGAGCCUCCAGCUCAUACCAGUAGUGAUGACUCCAAGAAGCAGCGGGUCCACAGUUCACCCUCCUCAGCUAGCCAGCAGCCAGAGCUCGUCAGGAUUGGUGCUGAGAGGCUCACUGAAGCUGAAGAAACCUCGUCAGGAGUCUCUCCAACCUCAGAACAGAAUCCACAGAGUGGGGAACUCCCAAACUCCAGCCAGGACUCUGUGCACACACCUGGGCUGGUACCCAGCACAGCAACAAGGCAGCAGUAUGGAAGGACUCACCCCCUGAGGCGGCUUAAGAAAAGAACUGUUAGUACUCUUUACCACACCAUGUAACCCUCACCCUGUGUGAACUUUGGUGUGUUUGUGCGAGAGAAAGUGUGCACCUGUGAGAAAUGAAAAUGAAGUGCACAUGUUAUUGAGCAAAACAAACCAAUGCCUCUUGCCUUAAAGGAUUUGUUUAGUAGUUUCUGCGUUUUUUUUUUUUUUGUUUGUUUUGGUUUUUUUAACCACCCUCCCGCAGAUCUACCAUGAGCCUCUGUGAUGUAAGAAAGGUGUUUUGGCCAGCAGUUCAGAUUGAUUUACAUUUAAACAAAACAUUGAAAUAAACACUGUGUAUUAUCAACACUUGCAAAAAGCAAGUAUGACAAAUGCAUUAAAAACAAUCAUUGGAAUGCUUCUGGGUAACUUGUGGAAAUAUGUUUAAACCUGCAUAUAUUAACUCUUUACAUCAUUGUUGGUUUUGGUUAUCACUUGAUAUUUACUUGUUUCCUGUUGGUGGAUUCAAUAAUCCGACCUGAUGUCAGGUAGAAUGUAGCCUCAGUUUUCCUUUUCUGUCUUUCAGCUCUGUCCACUUUUAUUCCCUGUGCUUAUCAACAAUUACAAAAAACAGGAUGUAAAGGUAACCUGGGAGCUUUUUGGCAGAAAUGCUGCUAUAUUAGCAACCCUGUCAUUUCUGCUGUCUUGACUGAUCUCAAAUGUGGGCUAAAGUAGCAGUAAUACAUCUGUAGCCCAGGCUGAACAACACACAUAACUGGAUAAUACUUUGCAUAGUUGGUGACAUAAACAUCAACCGAAAGUGGCUGUAUAGAUGUGUAUUGAAACAAAUUGCAAAGAUUAGAGGCAUGCUGGUUUUUGUUUUUUUUUGUUUUUGUUUUUUUAAAAAUAUGUUUUCCUUGUUUGUUUUGACUGCACAAUACCUCAAAGUCUGAACCAAAUCUGAGCUGCACAGAUGUCAGGCUCUGGAUUCCUGAAAAGUCCGUCUCAAUCAGAAACAGUUUCAAUUUCUCAACUUGACAAACUGAAGUUACCUUGUCUUUCUGACAUUUUACCGCUUUGAUGCCACUAAAACUCAACAUUUUGUUGUAUGUAUUGCUGUUUGUGGAGGGUGGGGGGUGGGGUAAGGGAGUUGGGAGUUUGAGGCAAAGUGUAUGUGGCUUUUCGGGGAUGUAAAGAUCUUUAUUGUGACAUUUUAGGAACUGUACAUGUUUUUAUAUCUAGCUUGUGUCUGUGUGUGAGUGUGACUGUUGUAGCACAUUUACCAUGUGGGUGUGUAUUUUUUCUUUUUUUUAACUGUUGUCUUUUUUUUGUACACAUUAGGGGUGUGCCUCUGACUGGCAAGUGAAGCUUCUCUGCAGUCAGAGAUUUCUGUCAUACAUGCACUUUACUCCCUUUUUUUAAAUUUUAAUGUGGCUUUUUUAUGUGAGGUUGCUACUUUUGGGGAGCAUGCUUAGGUAGUAGCAGCUGUUGGGUGUGUGUAUUGUUAUAAUUUUUUUUGUUUGUUUUUCAAUUUUAAACUAUCAUUGUAAAUAUUCUUUUAUAUCAUGUGCUUCAACUGUGACCAUUAAAAUAAUGGAGAUUAUUGAGAAUCAUCUGGC